CGAGCCCCGAUCGCUCUCUUGUCUCGGCAGUCUCAGCCCCAGUCUCCCGUGUUCGGCUCCGGUGCGAAGAAUCCUGGCGUCCCCGUGUCCCGAGACAGCCUGGGCUCCCCCUGCCCCCGUGGAGCCGGCGAGGAGGAGCAUGUGUACAGCUUCCCCAAUAAGCAGAAAUCAGCUGAGCCUUCGCCAACCAUGAGCUCGUCACUAGGCAGUAACCUGUCGGAACUUGACCGGCUCCUCUUGGAACUGAAUGCUGUCCAGCACCCCGCGUCUGGCUUCUUGGCAGAUGAUGCCAACCAGAGCCCUCCAGUGCCCGGGGGUCUAAGCCCCCACUAUGGCAUCCCUGAGAACAACAGCCCCCUGGGGGGAAAGGCCACCCCUCCUGUGAAGGAGAAGCCCAAGCGGAAUGGAGCCCGGGGCUUGGAGGACCUGCGCCCCAGCGUCGAGAGCCUUCUGGACGAGCUGGAGAGCUCCGUGCCCAGCCCUGUCCCGGCCAUCACUGUGAACCAGGGAGAGAUGAACCAUCCCCAGCGCGUCACGUCCAGCCAGCAGCAGACCCGCAUCUCGGCCUCUUCUGCCACCAGGGAGCUGGACGAGCUGAUGGCCUCCCUCUCGGACUUCAAGGUGCUCUGUGGGCCCGGGUCUUCCCUGUUCCCGUCCCCCUGUGCCCCCACCUUGGGCCUGUGGCCGAAUCUGGGCACACACGCUGCCUACCGCUCCAGCUGCCCGGAGUCCGAGAGGCUCGCUCUGCAGCCUUCCUCUCCUCCCCCCUGUGGUCUGGCAGCUGGGCCUCUCGUUCCCACCAGCCACGACUGUGGGAAACCCAACACCUCGGGCUGGCGGGUGGGCACUGACCAGUAGCUUAUUCUGGGUCUCUUGCCAUGCCCUGAUUCCCUCCCAGCCCAGCCUCCAGGCCUCCCUCCCUCCCACAGCUCAGGGCCGGGCGAGGGCUGCCAGGAUGGCUGCCAGGAUCUAAGUGGCUAUCGAUGGGGAUUGAUCUCUCGAAGAACUUGCUGACCCGGCCUUCCGUUCUGGGUCAGCUGGCAGCCUGGGGGCAGGGCAGGGAGCCGUCCCCCACCGGCCUUGUGAUGAGGAAGGGGCAGCUUUGAACCAGGCUCUGCAGAGGUGGGCUCUGCCCCGGAGAGACCAGAGAAUGUCCUCUGGGCAGCUCUAGUCAGGCACAGGGCAGGAACCCUCGAAUGUGGCCCAUGGUCAGAAGCAUCCCUGUCAGGGGCUCUGCUUUGGGCUGUGUGGUGGUCAGUGACCCAUCUGGGGUGGGGGUGGGGGCCGGAGAAGGCGUGGCUCCUCAGAGGAGACCAACUCAAGGUGGGGAGCCAGGAAGACGGCUUCUUGUUGGACAGAGAAGGCUUCAGAGGCAGGAAGGGAAAGCCCAGCAAGGGACGUUUCUUCAUCAUUCUGGGCUGUAGAGGGCUUCUUUAUAGAGGGCAGGUGUGCA